AUGAAUGUGUUUAAAAAGAAAUUAAAAGAAUGGGUCUAUUCCAUUAGUACUGAGGAUCAUUAUGCCGAAUAUAAUCCAGAUGAUGAACCUAACUUUAAUAUGGGGAUGCGUUCUGGACAAAGUAAUGUCAAUCCAUCAAGUAUGAAUUUGGCAGGUAAUGCAAGUUCUGCAGAUUUAGGUGAUUCUAAUGGUGGUGAGAAUUCAUAUCAAAUUGAUGAUUUUAAUAAUGCUGCUGCUUCUCAGAAGGGUGUCUCUGAGAUCCUUUUAGCUUGGAGACAUAUUGAUGCUUGGACUGAUAAACAUAAUCCUGAUUUGAAUGCUACAUUAAGUGAUCCAUGUACUCAGAAUGAUAUUACUCAUGCGGAAGAAGAUCUAGAAAUUUCUUUACCACCUUCUGUAAGGGCCUCAUUAAGAAUUCAUGAUGGUCAAGAGGAUUUAGAAUCUAUGACUGGUACAUCAGGAUUGAUAUAUGGUUUACAAUUGAUGACUUUGGAUCAAAUUGUUGCAAUGACACAAACUUGGAGAAAUGUUGCUAAAAACUUGAAUAAACAUAAAGCUCAACAAGAAGCUGCAGCUAGAGCCUCCAUGGAACAAGGUAGUUCUACAUCGCAACAAAAGCAACAGGGAACGUCUGAAGAAACAAAUCAAUUUAAAUUACCUUAUAUACCUGAACAAAAUUCUAUCCCGCCAAAUACUAUUCAAGGAGCUUACGCACAUCCUGCAUGGAUUCCAUUGGUGACAGAUAACGCGGGUAAUCAUAUCGGUGUUGAUUUAGCACCUGCUGCAGAAGGUUCUUAUGGACAAGUUAUCAUAUUUGGUAGAGAGUUUGACACCAAGUUUGUUGUUGGUGAUAAUUGGGGGGAAUUCAUGUUGGCCUUUGUUAACGAUUUAGAAUGUGGUAAUUGGUAUUUGAUCGAUGAUUCAGACGAUUAUUUCUCAGGGGAAGGUGAAUUGGUGUUCAGAGAUAAGAAGAGAAAUGGAAGAGUUGAAGAAUAUUUAGAAGUAUUAAAGAGAAGAGCAUUACAAAAAUAUAAACAAUCACAAACACAACAAGAUAAUGAUAUUAACGAGGAAUCUCAACCUCAACAGGAAGAGACUAUGCGUAAUGAAGUAUUUGAAGGUCAUGACAAUGAUACAGAUUUCGAUAUUGAUGAUGAAUCAGUUGUAAAUGUAGCUACCGGUCAAACUGAACCUGAAGUUAUGAGUGAACAAACGGAUAGACAGAGCCCAGUUCAACAGGAAGAACAAUCAACAUCUGCUGUUAUUGAUGAAGAACAGCCAAUAGAAAAAGAAGAACCCGUCGUGAAACAAUCUGAUGCUGACGUUGUAGAUGAACCUGUUAACGAAAUAGACGCUAAUGAAAUAAAAUCUGAAGAAGAUAUUAAAGAACCAGAGACUGAAAAGGUAGAAGAAGAGUUAAAACCACAAGAGACAGAAAAGGUUGUCGAAGAAGCAAAAUCUGAGGGAAAUGAAAACGACGCUAUAGAAGAUGUAGAAGAAGAAAAGGAAGAGAAAGAAAAAGAUGAAGCCGUUGUGGAUCCAAAAGAAGACGAAGAAGAAGUAGAAGUUAAUAAACUUCAAAAUGAGUUUGAAAGUGUAGCAUUAUAG